AUGAGAGCCUUUCUAAAGAGCUCAGAGAGAUGUUUCCAGCUGAAACCUCACACCACCACCAUUGGCAGCAGCAGAGGGGCUGACAUCGUCCUGCAGGCUGCAGGUGUAGCAGGUCGUCAUGCAGCCCUCAAGUUCUCCACCUCAGAGAACAGCUUCAUCCUUCAGGACUUCAACUCCCUCCAUGGCACCUUUGUCAACAGCUGCCAGAUCCAAAAUGCAUCUGUCAGAGUGAGGCAUGGGGAUAUCCUGCGCUUUGGCACAGCAGGAACAUCCUUCCAGCUGCUGGUGGAUGGGGCUGCCCAGGAUGAGAAGCUUCUGCGACUGGAAAAGGAAAUGAGUCACCUCUCUGGUUUGGAAACAGCAGCAAAGCGCAAAGACAUGGUGAUAAGGCUUCUGCAGGAGGAGAUCACAGCCAUGGCAAAGACCCUGGCCCAGGCAGCAGCGAGGAACGAGGUGGAACUGACCCAGAAGCUGCUCACCUUCAACCAAGAGCUGGGAGCCAAAACAGAGGAGAUCAAAAGCCUGAGGGAACAGAUCAAUGACCUGCAGAAAGGCUCAAGUCAGGUUUUCAGCCAUUCCCUCUGUGAAAGAGACCUGGAGAUUGGGAGGCUGCAGAGAGAAAGUGAGAAGUUGAAGAAGGACCAUGCUUUGGCAGCAGGUCUGGUGAGCAGCUUGCAGAGAGAGGUCCUGCAAAAGGAGCAGAAAAUCCAGCAACUCCAGCAACAGAUUGAAGAACUUAAGAAGGAAAACCAAGAGAAGGACAACCAGCUGGCAGUUGUUUCUGCCAAGUGCUCAAGGAUUAAAGAGGAAACCAAGCAUGAACUUGAAGAGCGAGAAAUAAUCGCCUGCCGAAACCGCAUCAGGGAGCUGGAGCAGGACCUGGAGGGGCUGCAGAGGGAGAUCCAGAAGCAUUGUGCAGAGCAGCAGAGUGGCCAGAAGCAGCUGGCUGAGAAAGCCAAGGCUGAGCAGCUGAGGGAGAUGGGGCGCAGGGAGCGUCUGCUGCGAGCCGACAUACAACGAGCUGGGCAGCAGGUGAUAGAGAAGGUCAGGCAGAUCUCUGAUGAGAACCAACAAAGUUGCAAGAGGGAGAAGUGUCUGCAGGAGGAGCUAAGCUCCAGGAUCAAGAAGGAGAAGGAGGUGUCUGCAAACAUCGAGGUGUUCAAGAACUCCCUGCAGAAGCUUCAGGUCAGUCCUGAGGACAAAGUGGCAGCUGGGAGACAGCAGCACAGGGUGUUUUGGUGGCCUGAGUUGGUCCAGACUUGCCUGAGGAGCUCCUGUAGCAGCACCAACCUGAGAGAGGAGCUGGGGCAGCUGGAGGCAAUGUGCCUGGACCAAUCCAUCUCAACCAUCAAGGCAGCAGUGGUGGAAGUGGCACAUGAGCAAUUAGAGAGACUUCAGGAGUCACAGGCAGAGUUGCUGCAGGAGCACACAAAGGAGCUGGAAGCAAAACAUGAGCAAGACAUAGAGAUAAAAAUCCAGCAAAUUAUCUUGGAAAAGGACAAGGAGAACAAAGAGAUUCUGGAGAGUGCUGUUGCUGAGGAGAAGAUCAAGUGCAAGAAAUCCAUGGAGGAAGAACAGAAGAAGAUCCAAGAGCUGGAAAGCCACCUGAGAAGCAUAGCUGAGGCAACAGCAAGGAAGACAGAGGAGCAGGAGGUGACAGAGAGCAAACUGAGAGAAGCUUUGUAUAAGCUGGAGGAAAGCACUGUGAGACAGGAGGUGUUACAGCAGCAGGUCCUCACACAGAAUGAGCAGGUCAAGGCUAUCCAGGAGGAGAACGAGUUUCAGAGGCAGAAACUGCAGGAAGAAGUGGCAGGAUACAGGGAGCAAAGCAAACAGCAUUCCCUGACCAUCAUGGCUUUAGAGGAGAGGCUGCAGGAGGCCACUCAGCAGCAGAAGAUGCUGGAGGAGGAUAAGGCAGCACUUGUGGAAAAAAUGGAAGGUUGGAAACUGCAGGAGGAGCUGGCAAUGGCACAGAAAAUGCUUCUGGACAAGGAGGUUGUCAUCCAGAGACUCACCAGGGAGCUGUCAGAAACCAGAGCCAGAAUGUCAGACUUGAGAGGGGAGCUCAGUGAGGAGCAGAAGGUGAAGCUGGAGCAGAACCAGUGCUGGCUGAAGCACCAGGAGAGGGAAGUAAACCAGCUCAGGGAGAAGUUAUCCCAGAUGUCCUGCCUCGUGGAGGAGAAGGAUCGAGCCCUGAAAGCAGCAGCUGAACAGUUAAGACAAGCCCAAGCCCACUGCCAGGUGCUGAGAGAUGCCUCCCAACAAACAGUGGAAAAGCCAGAGAAUACUCCCAGGACACCAGUGGAGGUGGGUGAAGCCUCACAGAGGGUUCAAGUGGAGUUCAUGCUGAGCCAGAUGAGUGAGAACCAGCUGGGUUACUUUUUCCAGGAGCUGCCAUCAGACUUGGCUGACCUCGGUGCGAAAUGCAGAGGCCUCAGGCAUGAGGAAACGAUCCAACGCCAAAAAGAAGGUUUGGCUGAGCUCCGGGAGAGAGUAAAGAUGCUGGAGAAGAGGCAGUGCUCAGCUGCCAUGAAGAAAAGUUUGGAGCCAACGGUGAUCCUGACAAAAGAUAUGCCAGAGAAAAUAAUCCAGCAAACUGGUCUUGAGAUGGAACCAACAUCCAUGGUGGGAACAAAAUUGAAGGCUGGCAAGGUUCCUGGUCAUGUUCCUAUUGGGCUCUCUCUCAGGAUCAUCAAUAGGGUAGCAGGCUCAGAGUCAGCUGAGGCAACAGACCUCGGGGAGAAGAUGUACCUUGAUGUAAUCGGUGCUCUGGGAAGCCUGAUGGAGAUGAAGGAGCUGUCGGGAUUGCAGCCUGUGCAGCACCUUCCUUGGGAGGAGAGGGAAGAAGCAGGACUGCAGAGACAAAAUGCAUUGGAGUUGCUGUACAAGAAGAUCAGGAACCUCCAGAAUCGCCUGGAAAGGAAAGAAGAACUGCUGAAAGAGUAUGAGGGCUGCAUGGAGCAGCUCAGGCAGAACCAAGAGUCCCUGCAAAGGUGCCAGGAGAAGAUUUCCAGCCUGGAAGAUGAAGCACACAGGGAAGCAGAAGAGAAGGCUCUGCUGCGAGAGGCACUGGAGAGGACACAGCUUGAGCUGGACCAGAAGAGGCUGCAGAGAGCAGCCAAGAGGCACAAGCCUGGAGCCAUGAAACCUCCCUGCUCAGGCAAGCUGAAGGCCAAAGAGCACACGGCAGAUGCUGUCAAGACAGGAAGCUCAUGGGAGAGACACCACAGGGGCCUUCA